GGUCCUAUGAUCCUAUGCGGAAGAAGGGAUUUCAACAGUGAUAACACGACACAGACAGGGAAACGCAAACAUUAACCGAUUACAUUUCCCGUGUUUAUCUUGAUUUCGCCUCCUAUCAAACCAGCAAUGGACGGAUCUGUCAGAGCAUCUUCAGACGCCUCAGCCGAGCCGUCGCCUUAUUUUAGAGGAAAUGAAAGCUCCCUGGUUUCAGCCCUCAAGACACUGCUGUUCUUCACUAUCCUGAUGGUCACGCUGCCUAUUGGACUCUACUUCGCAUCAAAGGCGUACAUCUUUGAGGGUUCAAUGAAGAUGUCAAGCUCUGACAGCUACUUCUAUGCAGCCAUUGUUGCAGUGCUCGCUGUGCAUGUGGUUUUGGCUUUGUUUGUUUAUGUGGCCUGGAACGAAGGCACGCCUAAGGAGAAGGGCAAACACGAUUAAGGCAUGUCCUUAUCAGCUCGUAAGACCAGAGGAGACGGACAGACACGGGCAUGGAUCCACAGCCCCCCACCACCACCAUGGGCUAAAUACAGCUCCAUCUACCAACCAGAAAGUUAGGGGAUCUGGUUUGCGCUUAGGCUUUAACUCAAGGUUAAAGCAAGAAACUACUUUAUCAUUCCCUGGCAUGGGGGAGUGGAGGCUGUUGGGUGUGUUUUUUCACCAGCCUCAGCAGGCCCACUUUUUGUUCUCUGAAAAUGUUACUUUUGUUGACAGAGGACGGCCCCUAUUUUUAAGAGGCUUUGUUAUAAGCUGCCAUUUGGCUAAGUGCUAGAAGUCCCUUCACAGUAAAGAGUUUGUCCUGUAGGAAAACAUCUUGGGUUUUGGAUGAGGCGUGCGUGUGCACACACACACACACUGUAUGUACUUGUAAUGUGUAUGUAUGAAGGAUUUGAUUCCAAAAUGCUCUACAUCCAUUCUGUGAGAGUUUGUGCAACUGAAUUGAUCAUACUGUCCUCAAAUUUCUGUUCUCAUCUGCAUACAUUUAAAGAUGACUCUUAACUUCAAUAUAAACUCAUAAUGUGCUCAACUUUCGUGCUGCAUUUUGGAUUAAAAUCUUCAUAUUUUGUCCUGAAAAUAAUCAGAUUCAUCUGUUUGUCCUUGUAAACAAGUGUUUUUCUUUCUGUUUUAAAGUGUUUGUGAACUCAGUGAUAUUUUGGAACUUUAAAUUAGAAAAUUAUUGCAACAUCAAAUUGUAUUUAAAGAAAUGUUUUGUAUUGAAGAUGUUUGGUGAUUUGAAGAUGUAUGUGAAGUCGGUGUGAUGCAGAUGAGAAUGUUGACUUGCUCAAAUAAACUAGAAAAAUUGUAA